GGACACCGGGGGGGCACUGGGGCACGGCCGGGAUGGGGCUGGGGCUGGGGUGGCACCGGGAGUGACACCGGGACCGACACCGGGAGUGACACCGGGAGUGGCACCGGCACCGGGGUGGCACCGGGACCAACAUCAGCACGGGCACCGGGACUGUGCCCGGGAUAGGCACCGGGGCUGACACCGGAACCGACACCGUCACCGGGAGUGACACCGGGAGUGACACCGGGACUGACACCGGGACUGACACCGGCACCGGGGCUGCUCCGGGCUGGGCACCGGGGUGGCACCGGGACCAACAUCAGCACAGGCACCGGGACUGACACCGACACCGACACCGAUAACAACCCCCCCCGGACCCUCCUCCCGCCCCCCCCCCGCCCCGUUCCGCCCCCUCGGUCCCCGUCCCCGCCCCGUGUCCUCCCGGUGCCGCCCGGUGCCGGCCGCCCCCCGCCUGCCGCUGCCCGGGGCGCGUCGCCCUGCGCGUCCUGCCCCGCUCCACACCCGGCUCCGGGCAAAGUCCCCCCCCCGCAGCCCUGCCGGGCCCCCGCCGCGAUGUGGCUGCUCCUCGUCCUGCUGCCGGUGGCCGCGCUCCCCGCCCGGGGCUGCCGGGCACCGGAGGAGGCGGCGGUGAGGGUGCUGAGCGCACGGCUGCUGGGGCUGGCGGAGAAGCCGGGGCUGGACGCUGACCCCGGUGUCUACGUGGGUCUGCGCCUCGCCGGGGACCACGACCUGCACGCCGAGCGGCGCUACCUGGAGCGCCUGCAGGAUGCCUUCCAGGGACGCUACGGCCGGAGCCUGGAUUCGGACAGCCACUCGUCCCAUGGUCAUCGCCACCGGAAUGCCAAGCACAGCAAGGACACCAGAGCAGCAGCGCAGUGGCCGGAGACGGGGCGGCUGGCACUGUACCUGCUGGGGCUGCGAGCCUCCUGCCCCCCGCCAGACCCCAGUCCCCAGCGCUUCCUGGUGACGUGGCUCAAGUACUACCUGGAGAAGGACUGGGCAGGUUCCCGACGGCACGGCCACCCCCUCACCAGUUACUACCAGUAUAGCCUGGGCGUGCUGGCGCUGUGUGUCCACGGCAAGCGGGUGCGUGAGGAGGUGAUCCAGCGGCUGCUGGUGGCCGAGCAGCACCGGCGAUUCCGGCACGCAGGCAGCAGUGCCGUGGACACGGAGGCAGUGGUGGCACUGGCCUUUGCCUGCCUGGAGCGGGAGCAGCUCGUCAGGUCCAGGCUGGCGGCGGAGCUGCGGGUAGCCGUGCGUGGCAUCAGGGCAAGGUUUGUGGAGGCGCAGAGCGAGAACGGCCUCAUCGGCAACAUCUUCAGCACCCCCUUGGCCAUGCAGGUCUUCAUCGCCACCGACAAGUGCAGGACGCAUGCGGCGUACGGCCGGGCCAUGGCCGCACUGCUGCAGCGCCUGGACGCCUUCACCAGCGCCGCGGCCAUGGCCCAGGCACUGCCUGUGCUGCACGGCCGCAGCUACCUGGACAUCGCCUCCAUGCAGUGCAAGGAGGAGCCUGACACGCUGAAGCCCCUCGCCAUUGAUCCGCUGCCCGUGGGGCCGGGGAACAUGAUGGUGCGGCUGGUGGUGGAGUGCCCGGUGGCACAGUGCCCCCAGCACCUGCUCUACGACCUCCCGGUGCCCGUGCCCACCGGCGCCUCCCUCCUGGACCUGCUUGGGGCAGCCCCAGCGCAGGGACCCCAAAAUUUCACGUUUGAGACCCAGGACACCCCCCAGGGCCCCUUCCUGACCUCGGUGCUGGGCCUGGCAGCGCAGCCGCAGGAGCGGCACUACUGGCAGCUGCUGGGCGGCCUCGGCAGCAGCCUGCAGAUGGGCGUUGCCGACUACAGACCGGAGGACGGGGAGACCGUCAUCCUGCGCCUGAGCAAGUGGUAGGCGGGGGGGGGGGACCCCGCUGCUGCCCCAACUGAUGGGGGCGAUGACAAUGAAACUCUGCAGCAUCCCC